AUGGGUAGUGAUAGGGAAGUAGAGAAACCGGCACAGAAAGAGAAGGAGAUAAAGAAGCUAUUGGCUAUAGCACCUAUUGCUAAACCACUCGCUGGAACGAAACUCAGCAAACGCACCUUCAAACUCGUUAGGCGAGCUACGGAACAUAAGUGCUUGAAAAGAGGAGUUAAAGAAGUAGUGAAGAGUAUUCGACGUGGUCACAAAGGAUUGUGUGUUAUAGCUGGAAACAUUUCUCCAGUAGAUGUCAUUACCCACGUUCCAAUCCUUUGUGAGGAAUCUGACAUACCAUACAUCUAUGUUCCCUCAAAAGAAGAUCUUGCAAAUGCUGGAGCUACCAAGAGGCCAACUUGCUGCGUUUUGGUAUUGACAAAGCCUACUAAGGGGGAACUUAACCAGGAAGAUCAAGAGAAACUGAAAGAAGAUUAUGAUCAAGUUGUAUCAGAAAUUCGUGAAACAACUUCAUCGUUGUUUUGA